GUCACUAACAAAUGAACAAUACGCGUUCUUUAUAUCCCCCUUUUUCUUUCUGCUAUCCGUUUCUAUGUAAGUCAUGUCCGUCCCCGCAAGCUAUCAACGAUAUCACUGCUGCUGUUGUUCAGCCCGCCGGCCCCUUCGCCGCUGAAUCGCCUGCUGUCUUCAUCCUCCCGCAAGACGACAUUGCUCGCUUCGUUAAGGAACAAGAAGAGCGGAAAGUCAAUCGUAAACAUCUGCAGGUAACUAAUACGUCUUGUAGCUAUUGCUGUACUUUCGUACACAAGUCUUACUCUGCUCCUGGCGCUCUCUUCUUUGCGAGCAUUAUACCUGUCACCGUGCUGGUAGCUACCACUCCACCGCGAAGAAGCGCCGCGUCAAGCCUUCCAUCCGUUAAAUGUCAAGCCCGAAUCUCUAUCUCCUCCUUUGGGGCUGACAGGGAUUUCGUCAAGGUGACCUAUCACUGGAAACAUGUCUGCCACUUUUUUCAGGCAAUUUGGAGGACCUGAUCUGAGCAUCUCUCCAACUGGAUUGAGGAGCAAGUGCAACGCAAAUUCACUUGGGCCAAGAUCAAUCAGAUGGCUUCGUUUGAACAGUGACACUUUGACUAAGAUGUGGAAUGGUGAGGCCCUCAUCCCAGUCUCCAUCGGCUGCAUGCAUGUGUACAACGCGAUUCAGAGACUUCUGAAAAAGAACUCGCGUCUCCAUGAUGUGAAUGAGAGCUUGCGUUUGUGACAAGUGAGUAUCGAAGAAGCUGGCCAUUUCUGCAAGUACGAUGCCGGUGACGGUGGGUGCUUCAUGUAGGCCAUUAUGAGAACAUGGCAGAUCGAG